CCUAAUUGAAGAUAAAUUCAAUUAAAUUGUUGAUACUUUUUUGUUCAAUUUGAACACGUUUUUUUCUUACAAUUUGGAUUUUUUGUCAAUAAUAUUUUCUGAUAACUUAAAUUCUUUCUACCUCAGUGAAUUCUAUUGUUCUCCAAGAUGGUUGUUUUUGUUUGUGGUUCUUGUAAUGAAUCGUUGAAAAAAAAUUCAGUCUCAUUACAUUUAAAUCGGUGUCGAGCUCCGGUAAUCUCUUGCUGUGAUUGUAAUAAAGAAUUUACUGAUAAUUCUUACCAGAGUCAUAAUCAAUGUAUCUCAGAGGAUUCCAAGUAUGGCCCUGAGUCUCAAAGAGUAUAUGGUAAUAAUGAUAAAGGAAAACUUAAACAAGACGUUUGGCUAAACAAGAUCAAAGAAACUCUGAAAACGAUGAAACUCUCAGGAAGAGCUGAGAUGGCUUUAAAUAGGCUACUUGAAUAUCCCAACAUACCUCGGAAGCAGAGUAAAUUUGAAAAUUUUGCCAAUAGCUGUUUACAAAUCAACUCACCUGAUUUAAUUGGUCAAUUAUGGAGUAUCUGUGAUUCAGCUAAUAAAGCAGUCGCUGGUGGAGAGACAAAACCGGUGGAAAAUAAAGCUCAAGCUCAGCCGAAAGAAACAACUUCACCUAAUGAUGGAGUAAAAGAAGAUUCAAAGAGUAAUAAAAAAGAGAAAAAGAAGAAAAUGAAGAAAAAUGAAGAAGAAACUGAAUCUGGAAUUUCGGCUGAUAAAGAAGAGAAAAGUGAAGAGCCAAAUGAGACUCAAGGUACAGAAAGUUCUGGACAAAAUAAUGGAAUUGGUGACAAUGUAAAGAAAUCCAAGAAAAAGAUGAAACAAGUUAAUAAGGAGGAGAAUCAAGAGACACAGGAAACGAAUGGUGAUGAAAAAGACAAAAUGGAAACUGAACAAACUGAGAAAACUAAUUCAAUUACAGAACCUGAACCCAAGUUGGAUGAAGAAAUGGUGGAAAAUGAAGGUGAUAAGUCAAAGAAAAAGUUGAAGAAAAAAAAGAAACGAAAUCAUUCGGAGACAGAGGAAAAUGACCAAUCCAAUGGUCAAGUAAAUGGCGAUUCCAAUGGAAAUGCAAAUGAAAAUGGUCAAAGGAAAAAGAGCAAACCGGAUGAGGAAGUAGAGUCAACCCUUGAUGAAAAGAUAGAACAAGAUCUAAAUACAAUUGAAGGAAUGAUUAACGAAUUGAAAAAUGAUCCCGAUAAUCAAAUUAGUUGGUUUAAGCAGUUGAAACGGCAAAUCAAAGAAAAAGAAACCGUUGAUCUGAAAGAUUUCAAGAAGAUGAUUAAGAAACUGAAAAAAGAGUAUGAAUUAAAAGAGGAAUUUACUGAUUUAAUUGCUAAAGCUAAGACGAAAUUAAUGAAGCGACAUAAUUACUCAGUUUCCGAAGGACAAAUUCAGUAUAAACAUUUAUUCUGAUGAUUUAAAUGAGUAAAUAAUUUAUUUUGUUAAAAGUUUAUCGACACGACUCAACAAUUAAAUGUUGACUUUGUUAACUAAAAAUAUUGAUUAAUCAGUUAUGUUGUAAUUAAACUAUUUCUCUGUAUCGUUAAAUGUAACAAAUCAAUCAAACUAACGAAAAUUAAUGUUAAACUUGAUCAAUAAGUUGAUAAUGACGAACAAAAUUGAUUAAGUUAACAAUUAACAAUCUUUUUGGAAAAUUAAACAAUCCUUUUGCAAGACAAA